AAAGUUGUUGAGCUACAUGGACAUGUUCAAAAAUAUGUGAGGUUACCAAAUCAUGACACCUUUGUUGCAGUGCCACUACUGCACAUGAGUCAAUGAUGCCAUUUAGAACAUUGUCUUCAGAGGGAACAUUAAUCUUAAUGUUCCACACAAUAUAGAAUGUGUCAUAUAUAAUAUUCACUAUAUAUACUGUAUAUAAAUGUAUGAUUAAUCACUGAUUAGACACAUAUGACCAAAACAAAAAUUCAAUGAUGAUCUCUAUGGAAAAGUUUUUAGUCUAGGACUAGGUUUAAACCUUGUCUGUGAAAUUGGCCCUUAGAGUAUGAAUUAAAUCAUAGUCCAACUGGCCCUGGUAAGUGAUUUCUUAACAUUCUUACAAAAAACUUUGUAAUAGUGGAAAGUUAAACUAUUUCAGUACGUUUAUAGUAAGUUUAAAAUUAGAAUGUAGUAUGAAAAAUAUUAUGUUUAUAGAACAUGAGCAGUGCCGCUUUUAAGUAAAUCUUAUGUAAAUAUGUCAAUGCAUUUGUUUUGUUUGGAUGUUCAUAACCAUGUUUUUGUUCAGCAAUGUUUCAUGUAGUGGAGUUCUUGGAAACCCAUGAGGUGGAGUUGGUCCCAUCCCUGUGGGUAACUGAUGGCCAGUGCUGUUGGCCUAGUGCACUCAGAGGCAUGACCCUCCACCAGGCCAUUAAAACUGGAAUAGCUCCCGACAUCACCUGGGACCGCUGGGAGGUCCGCAUUAUGUAUUCAACUGUCUGUUAUGAAGAGGGAAGAAAGAAGGCAAAGGAGGCAGAAACUCUGUCUGACUUACAGUCAGACACAGAAGUGUCAUGUAAAAGGCCACUAAGGCGUAAAACGGAGGUCCUUACAAAAUUAGAGAUGGUGCUCGACCAGCAGAACACCAUUCUGCAACUGCUGCAACAUCAUAAAACAGCGCUGCCAGCAGUUGACAUUGAGGAAGGUCUGCUGCCCCUGCAAGACCUUCCUCAUCUCCUCAACAUCGAGCAGAGGUUGCAGCAGACAGCGGAUUUUAAAAUUCAAAUGGUAAACUACUUGGGGCUAAUUGGUGGGACUGACGUACGUGACUGUACAUGGCGUGUCCUUCGGCAGCUAUUUGCCAACAAUUUGGCAAAGCAGCUCAACUGGAGGGCGGUCAAUGGCAAAAUGUCUCUGGCCUCCCUUCAGUUGAAAGAUGUUGUCAUCGAUGCUGUUUGGAGAAACCCCUUCACCUCCAGUGCUGCUGAGAAAGAGGUAGAAGGGACAAUGAAGAGGUGGCUUCAGCUGGCUGCUGACCGAGAGGGCGGGAGGAAAAGGAGGCUCCUUUCAAAAGAAAAUGUAUAG